AUGUACGUGGGUUCCCAAGGUCCCUCUAUUUUCAUCCUCCCUCGACACUCCGAAGGUAAGACCCACGGAGAACCGCAGGGCUGGGCAUUCUUGGGUCCAGCACAGGUCACCUCACUGGUAGAAGUGCGUAGUCCUCGGACAUUUGGAAGAGGUGGCGGGGACUGUGGGGACCGUGAAGCUCGCGGUCCGGGGCAGCGGGUUGCAGGAGGUGCGCCCCGUCCCCUCCGUCGGCAGUCGGGAAGCCGGGCCAGCGGAGAGCGGAGUCUGGGAGGGGAGGGUCGGACCACGCCCGCGGAGGCGGCCCCGGGCCCUGCCGCUCGGUCCUGCUCCGGCCUCGGGAGGCUUAGGCCCCAGGAACCUCGGGCGGAGGGGGCGGCGACCGGGAACCCUGCGGCCACUGCGGCCGCACGGCCGCGGCUCUUGCGGCUCCGGUGCCUGCCGGGUGGUGGCUCCGCAGUGCCCGCCCCCAGCUCCCCAUCCCCGCCCCUCGCGCCCCCUUCCCCGCCCCCGCCCGGCGCCCUGGCCUCGCUGACCCGCCGCCCCGUCCCUCCGCGCGCGCCGCGGCUGCUGCUCCUCCGCGCGGCGACGCCUCCCCCGCGCGCCGCCCGCGCUCCCGGCGGCGCAAUCCUCCCGCCUCGGCCAUUUUCCCUCCACCCCCUCCCCUCCUGA